AUGGAAGCAGACUACACUGGAACCUACACAAUUCAGGAGAUUUCAGGAAAGACAGCAACUUUACAAACACCACAGGGUCCCAGCUCAAGUCAGCUCUCAGGUCCCAGCUCUCAGGUCCCAGCUCAAGCCAGCUCUCAGGUCCCAGCUCCAACCAGCUCUCAGGUCCCAGCUCCAACCAGCUCUCAGGUCCCAGCUCCAACCAGCUCUCAGGUCCCAGCUCAAGCCAGCUCUCAGGUCCCAGCUCCAACCAGCUCUCAGGUCCCAGCUCAAGCCAGCUCUCAGGUCCCAGCUCAAGCCAGGUCUAAGGUCCCAGCUCCAACCAGCUCUCAGGUCCAAGCACCAACCAGCUCUCAGGUCCCAGCCCCAACCAGCUCUCAGGUCCCAGCUCAAGCCAGGUCUAAGGUCCCAGCUCCAACCAGCUCUCAGGUCCCAGCUCAAGCCAGCUCUCAGGUCCCAGCUCAAGCCAGGUCUAAGGUCCCAGCUCCAACCAGCUCUCAGGUCCCAGCUCAAGCCAGCUCUCAGGUCCCAGCUCAAGCCAGGUCUAAGGUCCCAGCUCCAACCAGCUCUCAGGUCCCAGCUCCAACCAGCUCUCAGGUCCCAGCCCCAACCAGCUCUCAGGUCCCAGCUCAAGCCAGGUCUAAGGUCCCAGCUCCAACCAGCUCUCAGUUCCCAGCUCAAGCCAGCUCUCAGGUCCCAGCUCAAGCCAGCUCUCAGGUCCCAGCCCCAACCAGCUCUCAGGUCCCAGCUCAAGCCAGCUCUCAGGUUCCAGCUCAAGCCAGCUCUCAGGUUCCAGCUCAAGCCAGGUCUAAGGUCCUAGCUCAUACCAGUUCUCUGCUACCUGUUUGGAGUAGUGCUCAAGAACAAGUCCAAAAACUUUGGUCUUCCAAAGAUACAGGACAAGUGGAAGCGGUCGUGGGACCAUACAAAAUUUAUGAUACCUCUUUUAGAACACUAUCGGGACACGGCUGGCUUUCAGAUGAGAUCAUUGAUGCAUACCUGCACUGCAUUAUGAAGUUAGCCAAGAUACCUGUGCAUUGUUUGGAUGCUGUACUUGGGUCCUCUGUCUUUCAUCGUGGCCAAUUCAGAGUUGUUCAAAAGAUGAAGUUACCCACAGCCUCAACUUGGAUUUGUCCUGUAAACGUUGGAGGUCACUGGAUUUUAGUGAUUGUGAAAAUGGAUGAAAAAUCCCUCCUUGUGAUAGACCCCCUCGGUAAUGAAAAUAUGUACCAGAGAAAAAUUCUUUGGAAUUGGAGAAAUUUUUGGAAGACAAGAAAUGUCAGUGAAGGCCCGUGGACGAUCCAAACUGCAAAACACAAUCUGCAGCAGGACGGCUCUAGUUGUGGAGUCUUAAUUUUGAUGUUUGCAGAGCUCAUUCUCCAAGGUAGAAGUAUCUGCGUUGCUCAAACAGACACAGAGGAGGUCUUAGCUGCAAGAGUCAAAAUUGCAGCCACUCUUCUGGAAUGCAAAGAUGGUGUGGAAGAUCUCUGUGUUUCCUGCAACAUGUUGCAGUUUGAUGCUGAGGAGGAUUUCACAGAGAUGAGUCGUCUGAGUAUUUCUGCAGAUGACAGGUCUCUGACUUAAACUGGAAGUCUGAGGUGUACAGAGGGAAAAGGAAUGGUGAGAGUACGGUCCCCUGUGGUGCUCUUGUGCUGCGGAACACCUGGUUUGACACACAAUCCUUCAGUCUCAAACUGUGGUCUGUUUGUCAGGUAGUCAUUGAUCCAGGCGAUUGUUGAGGGCUUCACCUGUGUCUUCUGGAGUUUCUGACAAAGCAAAUCAGGCUGAAUUGUGUUAAAUGCACUGGAGAAAUCAAAGAACAUGAUCCUCACAGUGCUGCCUGCUUUGUCCAGAUGACAGUGGGUUGGUUGAAGCAGGUGGAUGAUG